AUGCCGUUCUUUUCUCGCGUUUUUCGGAGCAAAGACUCUGCCGCGACCAAAAAUAAAGCUAAAACUGCUGUUGCUGUCGACACUACCCCGCAAAGCCCAAAUGGACUGAUGCCUGGCAACGCUCUCGAUACUCCAUUCCUGCUCCUCCCUUUCCGCCCUAGCUCUGAUCCGAGUGCCGCCCGUACAUUUAUUCGGAAUUACUUCAACCAGUCUUUUGACCAGGGUGCCCCAGUCAGUGGUGAUGGGUUGAUGCAGGAGCUGCGGCUCAAUGAGCCUAUGGUUCUUUGCAGUGUGAUGAAAUGGUGUUGGAGCAGAUUGCCAGGUGGUGUAGUGACCUGGGAAGCAUAUGAUAUGUUCAAAGUUGGUGAACAAGAUUCGGAUUUGGCCCGUGAUGCAUUUUCAACUUUUAUCCCUAUUAGUGUGGAUUCUGAUGCACGUACCAAGAUUAUCUUUGAUUUCUUUGACUUACUAGCUGCAAUUGCGGCGCAUGGUAAAUCUAAUGGUCUAGGUGGCCGAAAGUUGUCGCGAUAUGCUGGUUGGUGGGCUUUUGAGCAUCAUGACACUGGUAAUGGCUUUGAAGCCUCAUACAAAAACUGGGCCGCUGCGGCCGAUGCGACAAGUCAUUUGUUCUUUGCUUACCUGCGCUCGCUUUCCCCAGAGGUUUCUCGUGGAGUUUCUGGUAUCUCAUCGCUACCAAUUUCCCUGCAAACCCUAGUCGAGGCAACAGAGUAUCCUCCGGAGACCCCAACUCUUCUUCAAGUGACAACCACAAAGGUGGUCAUGAUUGUGGACACUGUAUCACCCACACCUUUCUCCCUGUUGCGCCGUGCAAAGAACUUUGAAUACCGCGACGAUCACUGGCACCUGCAAGAAUUUGCCAGCUAUGAAGACCCAAUCAAGGCCUUGACCGAUGAAUGUCUGCGUGUGUUAAAGUGUAUCUCAUCAACCAACGAAUCAAGUGUAUCAAGCUCAAAGCAGUCGACUAGCUUGCGUGAUGCAUCCUGGUCUCGAUUUGAGGAUAUUGGAUUCGGCGGCCCUAUCGACUCUGACCCGGAGGAUGAGGAGAGAAGAACCCUCACAAUUGGGAGAUCUAACACUGCCACUAGUAUCAAAACUGCACCACAGUCCCAAACAGGUGAUUUGGGCCGUCCAACCACUCCAUCCUGGGCAGACUUCAUGUCAUCUGGAUUCUCUGAUGAAAGCAGCAUGAAGAGCCCCGUUGGACUCCUCCUGCCACCGGACAAGGUUCUGCCGCCCAUUGCUGCUACCCGUGGAAUGAGCUCCCAGUCUCACAAACGUUCGUUGGACACCGAGCCCGCAUUGGAGCCAGCCGAGCUGGCUAGUAUUAACUCUUUGGAUCUCGAUGAUUCUUUCUGGUGGGUUUGGAUCACUAGUUUGUCUGGCGAUGAACCCUCGACACGCAAGGCAGUCUUUGGUCGUUGUGCUCUCUUGGAAACCGUCAUUCGGGAUACCAAAUGGUUGGUUCUUGAGGAGCAGAUCAAGGGUGCUGCUCCGGAGCCGGAUGCCGGGGCUGAGAUUGUUGAGAAGAAGCGCUUCUUCAGCUUCGGUAGUCGCAUGGGUACCACUAAGCUUAACCGCCGGAAGUCUUCAGCCAGAAAGGUCAGCUCCUCUGUGGAGGACUCCUACAAGCGACCUAACAACCCCGGCUCGCAAAGCAAGACCAGCAUUGGUCCUGAUCAACACAAGCGUAUCCAGGCUGCUGCCGCUGCUCUUCAGAAGCGACAGCGUGAGCAGGAGGCGGAGGCUUCUCAAACUGGUGGCAAGUCGCGUUCCGAUGCCUACUCUACCAAGACCAACUCAGUUAUGACUCUUCAGCCCGGUAUCGUGAACGAGGCCUCUUCAGCAAUGAAGUGGGCUAGCAAUUAUGACAAGAAUGAAUUCCGUGCCGCCUAUCUGAGUAACCAUCGUGCGGGAACUGGCGCUGUUUCCGAGGGGGCUGCUGAUGGCCCCGAGGAGCCUGAGUCUGAGCCAGUUGCGGAGACAAAUUCCCAGACACCUGCUGCUCCUCUUCCCCCAACUACAACCAAGGGUGCUCCGCCUCCACCGCCUAAGGACACAGCUGCGGUGGCGACGCCACUUCCACCCUCCCCUGAGCCAGUCAAGAAGACCUUGGCGAUCCUGGAGUCCGAGGAUAAAAAUGGGAAAAUCAAGGAUGCCGACACUGUCGUUAUGGCAGAGCCUAUUGAGUCCGAGGGCCAGACUGCCGAGGAAAGCAAGAAGCCAAAGAAGAAGGCUGGCAACACUGGGGGUUUCAAGAGCAUGUUUGGUGCUGGUAAGAAGAAGGUCGAAGCACCGGCUCCUGUUAAGACUUCUCCUUCGAAGGAGCCCAGCAGUAGUUCUGCAGUAGCCGCUGCCCGUGCUGCCCUCGAAGCCAAGGCCAAGGCUGCCCAUGAGAUUCCUCCAAAGGAAACGGCACCCAAGGCUGUGCUGAAGAAGAAGCCCCCUGUCAAGCCAUCCACACCUCAGCAGCAGGAGGAGGACCAGGAGCACAUCAAAUACCACAAGAAGACUACAGUUGUUGGUAGUGGUAGCCCACCUCAGACCAGACGUGGAGUUGAGUAUGAUGCUCUGUCUCGCGUUGGCACACAUGAGCGUGAUGCUGCUGACCAAGAGUUCUCCAAGUUUGACCAGGGUCCCUUGGUUGAACAGCCUGCCUUUGUCCCCGAGGAGGAUGCACCCGUCACUCCCAUCACCCCCACUGAGCCUGAGCUCCUCCGGACCCCGACCAAUGGUCACGAGGAGAAGGUCGAAGCAGUCAGCCCUGUGCAGAUUUCCGGGGACCGAUGGGCGCAGAUUCGCGAGAAUGCUGCUAGACGCACUGCUGUUGUCCAGGAGGAACCCGAAACCCGCACCAGCCAGUCUGAGCGCACCGACGAGGGAGAUACCAGUGGCGAAGAGACUAUCGAAUCUCGUGUCGCUCGUAUCAAGGCUCGUGUCGCUGAGCUCACUGGCAACAUGGAAGCCUAA